AUGAUACGGCGACCAGAUACCACGCACGCUCUCAUUGAGACUGCGCACGGGCUUCGACUGGCGCCGAUUCUUCUCGCCGCUGGCCUCCUUGAGCAGGAUCACCUUCUUCAGGAUCUCAUUGGGUUGCAUGUUCCGCACGCAGAUCGGCUUCUCCCGGCCGUUGAUAUAGUGGCCGCGCACGACGGGGCCGUGGGAGCUGGCGCCUUGGAUGUUGUAGUGCAGGUCGAGGCGUUUGCAUUGGAGGAUGAAGGCGCCGGCCCCGUUCUGCGUGGCGUGUCAGCAAGGCGGGAGCGGCUGACCGCGCCAAAAACUCCCAGCUUGCGCAAGACUCCUGACCUGACGCUGUCCUGGUCACUGUCCACCCUUCACCUCGUCCCUCCACACAACGCACACGGGCCACCACGGCCACCCCUUCGCUACAUCCCUCCUACCGACCGCGCUCCAGAUGACUGCCCGAAGAGCACCAUCUCCGGCGUGGCCCAGUUCCUGCCUGAAGCUCAGAAAUUCGCAGAAGAAGUGCCGUAUAAUGCGACCGAUAGCUGGGUACAGCGGAAAUGGAAGCAAAAAGCGGAGAGGAAGGAGCGGUUGGAGAAGCAGUUGACUGAAGGGGCGCAGAGCUAUGCCCCUGAUAAGGACCCGCAAGCUCGUGGGGAUCCCUUCCGUACGCUGUUUGUUGCGCGGCUCAGUUACGAGAUCAAGGAGUCGGAUUUGGAGCGCGAGUUUGGACGAUUUGGGCCCAUUGAGAGGAUUCGCAUCGUUAAGGAUGAGUCUAGCAAAAAGGCUCACCGGGGAUACGCGUUUGUCGUAUACGAGCGUGAGAAAGAUAUGAAAGCGGCAUACAAAGAAACAGACGGGAUCCGAAUUCGAGACCGACGGGUUCUGGUAGACGUUGAGCGCGGCCGAACCACCAAGGGUUGGAAGCCGCGUCGCUUCGGCGGUGGUCUCGGCGGUCGUGGAUACACCAAGGCAAUGCCCGCACGGCCAAUGGGACCUGGAUUCAACGCACCAUCCGGCCCAGGAGGGUUCGGGGGUGGAUUUCGGGGUGGCUUUGGCGGCCGCGGUUUCCGUGGAGGCUAUCGCGGUGGCGACCGGUUUGGACCCCGGGGAGGAAUUGGGUACCAAGGUGGAGGACGCGGUGGAUUUGGUGGUCAGCCACCGCCUAAUGCGCCCUCUGGGCCGGGUGGUGGACGCGGUGGUGGGUUCGGCGGUUCGUAUGGCGGUGGUGGACGGUACGACCGCGGCGGUACUGGCAGCAAUCGCGAGCCUGUUCGCCCGCGCGAGGGCUACUCUGAGCGGGAUCGCCGCGACCAUGAUCGGGACCGCGAGGGUGAUCGUCACCGGGAUCGUGAUCGCAUGACCGACCGCAAUGGUGGUGGGGAUCGCCCCCGGGACGAUCGCCCCCGGGACCGCGACAGGUACGGCGGAAGGGAGGACUAUGGACGCAAGAGGUACCGUGAGGAUGAUGGACAUGAUGACCCGCGCAGCAGGAGAAGAUACUAA